GGCUCCGCGGCCGCCCCAGGACAGAGCGGCCCGGGCAGAGGGCUGGCCGGGGUCGGCGCCGCGGAGGCGGGGAGGGAGGGAGGGAGAGUUGAGCCAGAGACCCGGGACCCCGCCCCCGCACACCUGCCAGUGCCCCGUAGCUUCGGCCGCGGGCACUGGCAGGAGAUGAGAGGCUGCUGUCGCCCGGUUGGAAGGACAUCGGCGCCCCCCAGGCCCGGUCCCCGCCCCAGUUCCUCGGGCCUUUCCUGCUGCCCCUGCCUGCGAGGGCCGACGACACGGAGAAUAGGAUCCUGCGCCCAACCCAGGAGCAGUUGGGUGAGGAGCACCAGAAAUUCAAUGCUCCCUGGCGCUGCAUCCCCAGAGCCCUCCCAGCCUAAGAAGCCCCAUCUUUCUGUCUCCAUCCAUGGGGAGCUGCAGCUGUGAGGCCCAGGACCCUUAGCAGGACAUGCAGAGCUGGGCAGGGACCCAGGCUCAUGCUCCCAGCGGGGGGUGAGUUGUCUACAGCCUGUGGAGACCGCCAUGAAGCUGAUCUGCCUCCCAGAGGGCCUGGCCCACUUGAAAUAAUUGCUCCAGCUACUGAUGUGAGACCCUGGAGCUGGGUGUGGUGGCUCACGCCUGUAAUCCUAGCACUUUGGAAGGCCAAGGCAGGCGGAUCACCUGAUGUCAGGAGUUCAAGACCAGCCUGGCCAACCUGGUGAAACCCCAUCUCUACUAAAAUACAAAAACUAGCUGGGCAUGAUGACGGGUGCCUCUAAUCCCAACUACUCAGGAGGCUGAAACAGGAGAAUCACUUGAACCCAGGAGACGGUGGUUGCAGUGAGCCAAGAUUGUGCCACUGCACUCCAGCCUGGGCGGCUGAGCGGGACUCUGUCUCAAAAAAAUAAAUAAAAAGAGACCCUGACUGGAUGUAGUGGCUCAUGCCUGUAAUCCCAGCACUUUGGGAGGCCAAGACAGGAAGAUCACUUGAGGCCAAAAGUUUGAGACCAGCCUGGGCAACAUAGCAAGACCCCAUCUCUUAAAAACAAAAGAUCCUAGCGGUCCUCAUCUCUACCAUGGACUACCAGAGGGAAGGCAGCACCUCUCAUCACCCAGGGGGAUGGCCUCCAGUCAGCCGGGUGGGGAACGCAGAGCCCUGCCCAGAGGCUUGAACCUGGCACCACAGGGAUCUGGAAUUACACAGAAGACGGGUGACAGCCAAGGUGGAUCAUGAACGAUCCUGGGGCAGAGUCCAGGGCAGCUCAAGGCUCCUCCACACACACACCCGCUGAACUCUGAGCGCCCUGAGCUGCUGAGAUGGGGCGGGCCGGGGCCGCCGCCGUGAUCCCGGGCCUGGCCCUGCUCUGGGCAGUGGGGCUGGGGGGUGCCGCCCCCAGCCCCCCACGCCUUCGGCUCUCCUUCCAAGAGCUCCAGGCCUGGCAUGGUCUCCAGACUUUCAGCCUGGAGCGAACCUGCUGCUACGAGGCCUUGCUGGUGGAUGAGGAGCGUGGACGCCUGUUUGUGGGCGCCGAGAACCAUGUGGCCUCCCUCAACCUGGACAACAUCAGCAAGCGGGCCAAGAAGCUGGCCUGGCCGGCCCCUGUGGAAUGGCGAGAGGAGUGCAACUGGGCAGGGAAGGACAUUGGUACUGAGUGCAUGAACUUCGUGAAGUUGCUGCAUGCCUACAACCGCACCCAUUUGCUGGCCUGUGGCACGGGAGCCUUCCACCCAACCUGUGCCUUUGUGGAAGUGGGCCACCGGGCAGAGGAGCCCGUCCUCCGGCUGGACCCAGGAAGGAUAGAGGAUGGCAAGGGGAAGAGUCCUUAUGACCCCAGGCAUCGGGCUGCCUCCGUGCUGGUGGGGGAGGAGCUAUACUCAGGGGUGGCAGCAGACCUCAUGGGACGAGACUUUACCAUCUUUCGAAGCCUAGGGCAACGUCCGAGUCUCCGAACAGAGCCACACGACUCCCGCUGGCUCAAUGAGCCCAAGUUUGUCAAGGUAUUUUGGAUCCCGGAGAGCGAGAACCCAGACGACGACAAAAUCUACUUCUUCUUUCGUGAGACGGCGGUAGAGGCGGCGCCGGCACUGGGACGCCUGUCCGUGUCCCGCGUUGGCCAGAUCUGCCGGAACGACGUGGGCGGCCAGCGCAGCCUGGUCAACAAGUGGACGACGUUCCUGAAGGCGCGGCUGGUGUGCUCGGUGCCCGGCGUCGAGGGCGACACCCACUUCGAUCAGCUCCAGGAUGUGUUUCUGUUGUCCUCGCGGGACCACCGGACCCCGCUGCUCUAUGCCGUCUUCUCCACGUCCAGCAGCAUCUUCCAGGGCUCUGCAGUGUGCGUGUACAGCAUGAACGACGUGCGCCGGGCCUUCCUGGGACCCUUUGCACACAAGGAGGGGCCCAUGCACCAGUGGGUGUCAUACCAGGGUCGCGUCCCCUACCCGCGGCCAGGCAUGUGCCCCAGCAAGACCUUUGGCACCUUCAGUUCCACCAAGGACUUCCCAGAUGAUGUCAUCCAGUUUGCGCGGAACCACCCCCUCAUGUACAACUCUGUCCUGCCCAUUGGGGGGCGCCCUCUUUUCCUACAAGUUGGAGCCAAUUACACCUUCACUCAAAUUGCCGCGGACCGGGUUGCAGCCGCUGACGGACACUAUGACGUCCUCUUCAUUGGCACAGACGCUGGCACCGUGCUGAAAGUGAUCUCGGUCCCCAAGGGCAGUAGGCCCAGCGCAGAGGGGCUGCUCCUGGAGGAGCUGCACGUGUUUGAGGACUCGGCCGCUGUCACCAGCAUGCAAAUUUCUUCCAAAAGGCACCAGCUGUACGUAGCCUCGCGGAGCGCUGUGGCCCAGAUCGCGUUGCACCGCUGCGCUGCCCACGGCCGCGUCUGCACCGAAUGCUGUCUGGCGCGUGACCCCUACUGCGCCUGGGACGGGGUCGCGUGCACGCGCUUCCAGCCCAGUGCCAAGAGGCGGUUCCGGCGGCAAGACGUAAGGAAUGGCGACCCCAGCACGUUGUGCUCCGGAGACUCGUCUCGUCCAGCGCUGCUGGAACACAAGGUGUUCGGCGUCGAGGGCAGCAGCGCCUUUCUGGAGUGUGAGCCCCGCUCGCUGCAGGCGCGCGUGGAGUGGACUUUCCAGCGCGCAGGGGUGACAGCCCACACCCAGGUGCUGACAGAGGAGCGCACCGAGCGCACCGCCCGGGGACUACUGCUGCGCAGGCUGCGGCGCCGGGACUCGGGCGUGUACUUGUGCGCCGCCGUCGAGCAGGGCUUUACGCAACCGCUGCGUCGCCUGUCGCUGCACGUGUUGAGUGCUACGCAGGCCGAACGGCUGGCGCGGGCCGAGGAGGCUGCGCCCGCCGCGCCGCCGGGCCCCAAACUCUGGUACCGGGACUUUCUGCAGCUGGUGGAGCCGGGCGGCGGUGGCAGCGCGAACUCCCUGCGCAUGUGCCGCCCUCAGCCUGCGCUGCAGUCACUGCCCCUGGAGUCGCGGAGGAAGGGCCGUAACCGGCGGACCCACGCCCCUGAGCCUCGCGCUGAGCGGGGGCCGCGCAGCGCAACGCACUGGUGACCGGACUGUCCCCACGCCGGGAACCAAGCAGGAGACGACAGGCGGGAGAGGAGCCAGACCCUGAAAAGAAGGACGGGUUGAGGCCGGGCACACUGGGGGUCACCGGCCGAUGGAGACACCAACCGACAGGCCCUGGCUGAGGGCAGCUGCGCGGGCUUAUUUAUUAACAGGAUAACCCUUGAAUGUAGCAGCCCCGGGAAGGGCGGCACAGGUCGGGCGCAGGAUUCAGCCGGAGGGAAGGGACGGGGAAGCCGGGCUCCAGAGCAACGACCAGGGCCGAGAAGGUGCCUGGAGUGCGCACCCUGGGAGACAGACCCCACUUCUUUGGGUAGUGAGCAGUGAGCAGAAAGCUGUGAACAGGCUGGGCUGCUGGAGGUGGGGCGAGGCAGGCCGACUGUACUAAAGUAACGCAAUAAACGCAUUAUCAGCCAAA